CCGGAGGUGUCAUGGCGGCCGUUGAGGUGGCAGGUCGAUUUGGAGGCCCUUCAGCUGAAUGAGAAACCCCGGCCUGGACGGCUGGCGGGUAGAACUGCUAUGAUAAGAGCCUUUUUAGAACAAAAAAGUCACCUGGCAGCGUGUUGCUCUUUAAGCUGCUAAGCCAAGGGACGCACACGACUUGGGUGGAGGGAAAGCGGCGUCGGAGAACCCAGCUGAUUGUUACUGUCCUGCUUUCUUCUUUCCGACGACUGUGUUGAGCUUGGCUGGGAUGGCAUCGUGGCUGGGGGGCCUCGGUGCGGGAUUCGGCCAGUCCCUAGUGGGACAGGUCGGAGGCAGCUUGUCGACCCUGACAGGGCAGAUCUCCAGCUUCACCAAGGAUAUGCUGUUAGAAGGCACGGAGGAGGUGGGAGAUGCUACAGUUGAUUUUCCUGCAUCUAACUCUAGUCUGAGAGACAUAGAAAGCAUUCAUGCAACACUGAGAUCAGAGAAUGACAGGUUGAAGAAGUUUUGUAAUGAUCUUGAAGAAAAGAAUGAAGUAGCAGAGCUUCAGAUAAAGCAACAAUCCAUAGAUUACCGUAAUCAGCUACAGCAGAAAGAGGUGGAAAUCAGCCAUCUUAAAGCCAGGCAGAAUGCUUUACAGGAGCAACUACAGAAGAUGCAGUCAGCUGCUCAGUCAUCACAGUUAGGAACUAUUGUUUCUUCAUCGGCCACUACAUCAGUUCCUUUUGUUCCUGUAGUUAGAAAUCAUUCUUCUGAUUUUCAUGGAGAUGAUAUGGAUUUUGGAGAUGUGAUCUGGUCUCAACAAGAAAUAAACAGACUGUCCAGUGAAAUUUCUAGGCUUGAAUCUGAAGUUGACCACUGGAAGCAGAUUGUACAGUUUUCUAAGCCACAAGGAGCAAGUAGUACAGAUCAGAAUGAAAUCUGCAAGCUGCAAAAUAUUAUCAAGGAACUAAAACAGAAGUUGAGCCAAGAAAUAGAUGAGCAUCAGCAUGAGCUUUCAGUAUUGCAAGAUGCACAUCAUCAGAAAUUAGCAGAGAUAAGUCGACGUCAUAGAGAAGAACUAAGUGAAUAUGAGGAACGAAUAGAAGAACUGGAGGAUCAAUUACAGAAAGUUGGUGGGAAUACUGAAGCUGCUUCUUCUGAAACUGAUCUACAAAACUGUUUGACUGGAUCAAAACCGCCACACUUGAGUGACUUACAAGAUAAAGUGGAAAGUUUAAGUCAAAAAUUAUCUUCAGCAGAAGAAGAGAAAAGUAUUCUCUGGAAAGAACUUGAAUUUGUAAAAAAAGAGAAAAGUCAAUUAGGAGAAGAAUGUGAAAGACUAAAAUCUGAAUGCAGUAAACUCCAAACGUCUAUUCCUGAAGAACAGGCCAGUGUAAAAGUACAGGAAGUCCCUAAUUUUGUAGAAGAAUCAUUGAAGGCUGAAGUGGAACGAUUGCAGCAAGCACUACUUGAUGCAGAAAGUGAAAUAACAAAAUUGAAAAGAUUAAAUCAGGAAGGAAUUCAGAAAGAAACAGGAAAUUUACAACCUAAGUGUGAUAGUACUAUGGAUGCAUCAACUGAAGGACAGAACUUGGAGUUAAAUCAGUUACAAGACAUGCAAAAGAAACAACAUGAAUUGAAUGAAAGCAGUGCUGAAAAAGAAGCUCUAAUAGCAGAAUUGGAAGAACUGGACAAGCAGAACCAAGAAGCUACCCAGCAUAUGAUUAUGUUGAAGGAACAACUAGCCAAACAAAAUGCAGAAGCUGCUAACGUUAUCGACCAGCUAAAACUGGAUGUAAAAUCUGAGAAAAGAACAAUAUCUGUGUUGGAAGCUGAGAAAAUGGAAAUGAGCAAAGAGCUGCAGAGCCAGAAAGAAACAUUGAAUCAAUGCACAUUUGCACUUAAUGAUUUGCAUAUGACUAAGCAACACCUGGAAAAUAAAAUAAAAGAGUUAAAAGAACAACUUAAAACAUCCCAACGUUAUAGCUCCAAAAAUGAACAGGAAAUUGUAGAAUUAAAGAAGAACCUAACUGAAAGAGAAGAAGAAUGUUCUCUUCUCAAAAAUGAAUUAACCAAGAUACAUCAGAAAUUUAACAGUUAUAAUCAAGAUCAUUCAACUAUGGAAAGAGAAAAAGAAAUGUCAGACCUGAAAGAGCAAAUUUCUGAAAAUAAACUGAUAAAUACAGAUUUGGAGAAAUCUAUCUUGAAUCUUCAAACAGAAAAAGGAAGACUUCAUUUAGUAUGUGAGGAACUUAAACAGCAGUUGCAAAUAGCUAAUAGUGAGAAGAGCAAGACUGGUUUUGAAAAAGAUACUAUGCUGGAAGCUUUGAAACUUGAAAAGGGACAAUUAGAAAGAGAAUUAAGCCAAUCUGAAAAACAAUUGUUGGAACAGGCUCAUAAAUAUGAGCAGACCAUUGAGGAGUUGUCAAAUGCACGUAACAUGGAUACCACUUCAUUGCAAUGUGAACAUGAACGGUUAGUUAAACUUGCUCAAGACAAAGAUUUUGAGAUAGCAGAACUCAAGAGGAACAUUGAACAGAUGGAAGCUGACCAUGAGGAAACUAAAGAGAUGUUAACCACUAGCUUAGCUGGGCAAAAACAACUGACAGAGCUCAUAAAAGAGAAAGAGAUCUUUGUUGAAAAAUUUAAAAUCAGAGUUUUUGAGUUAGAGCAGCAACAUGAAGAUUAUACUGAGAACACCAAAAGAGUUGAGCUUUUAAAGCAGAAUUUAGAAGAAAAGGAAAAAAGUCUUUCAGCUAUGAAAGAAGAGAACAGUCAUUUGAAAGAAGAAAUUGAACGAUUAAAAGAACAACAGAGUAGGUCACCUCCUCUGGCUGAGCCCAAAACCUUAGAUAUCAUCACAGAACUUGAAGCAGAAAUAACACAAUUAACUAUACUUAAAAAUAAUUUUGAAGAAGAGGUGAAAUUAAACAAAAAGAUAUUUGAGGAUCAGAAUUUAAAAUUGGCCCAACUACAGCAAUCACUACAGGAGUAUAAAAAGGAAACUGAGGAGUCCAAAUUUCAGCAUGAACAAAUGAACAUAGCACAUAGGCAGGUAUGCAUGGAGAAGGAUGAAGAAAUCAAAAGCCUACAGAGAACAGUAGAACAAAUUAAAACACAACUAAACAAUCAGAGAAAAGUAAUUCAGCAAGACCCUCCUAAUCUUUUUCAGGAAUCUAAAGUUCAAACACUUAAUGGUGAAAAUGGGAAUGAGAAACAUGACUUAUCUAAGGCUGAAAUUGAAAGGCUGGUAAAAGGCAUCAAGGAGAGAGAAAUGGAAAUCAAGCUUCUGAAUGAAAAGAAUGUAUCACUAAGUAGACAGAUUGACCAGUUAUCCAAAGAUGAAGUUGGCAAACUUACACAGAUCAUUCAAGAAAAAAACUUAGAAAUACAAGCUCUUCAUGCAAGGGUUUCCUCCCCAAUUUACAAGCAAGAUGUUCUUUUCCUUCAACAGCAACUACAGACCUAUGCCAUGGAAAGAGAACAAGUGCUGGCAGUUCUUAGUGAAAAAACUAGAGAAAACAGUCAGUUAAAAACAGAUUAUCACAAGUUAGUGGAUAUCGUAGCAGCUAAGGAAUCAGCCAUGAAAAAACUGCAGGAAGAAAACCAAAAGCUAUCCAGUGAAUUUGAAAGUAGCAGUCAUGAUAUGUCUCGCGAAACUAUAAAGAACUUGUCCCGUAUCAUUCGAGAGAAAGAUAUUGAGAUUGAUGCAUUAAGUCAGAAAUGCCAAACUUUAUUAACUGUCCUGCAGACUUCCAGUAUAGACUCAGGCAGUGAGUUACAAGGAAUUAAUAGCAAUCAGUUUGAGGAGCUUUUACAAGAACGUGACAAGUUGAAACAGCAAGUAAAGAAAAUGGAAGAAUGGAAGAAACAAGUCAUGACUACUGUUCAAAAUAUGCAGCAUGAGUCUGCUCAUCUCCAAGAAGAACUACAAAAGCUUCAGACACAAAUUUCAGUUGAUAGUGAAAACAAUUCCCAAUUGCAGAUAGAAUACAAUGGUUUAAUACAGGGCUAUGAACAAAAUGAGAAAAAGCUGAAAAUGUUUACUCAAGAAUUAGCCCAAGUUCAGCAGAGCAUAGGAGAUCUUAAUAAUACCCGGGAUACAAUUCUUGACAAGCUUGAUAUGGCACCACCACCACAGUUGGUAACUACUUCUGUUGAUGGAAAACCAUUAGAGGUUCCCAGUAAUACUUCUGAGAUGUUUGACAGUGAGUCCAAAUCACUAAAUGAGGAACUAGAGUUCAUGAAGAAAACAUUGCAGGAAAAGGAUUCACUUAUCCAGACUUUACAAGAAAAUAAUCAGAGACUGUCUGAUUCUAUGGCUGCAUCAUCAGAGGUUGAAAUAAAAUGUCAACAGGAAUUUGGCUUGGAAAUAAAGCAGUUAAAGGAGAAAUGUGACAUUUUACAGAUGUCCCUCAAGGAAAAAGAUCUGCUAAUAAAAUCAAAAAGUGAUCAAUUGCUUUCUCUGAGUGAAAAUCUUAGUAAUAAAGAGAGUGAAAAUGAGCUGCUGAAGCAAGGCGUCACUAACCUGAAAGAGAGAACUCUUAGCUUAGAAAUGGAUGUUCAUAAAUUGAAGGAAGAAAAUGACAGAAUAAUGGCAAAAAGCCAGGAAAAAGAAACAGAAUUCCGAGCACUACAAGAGACUAACAUGCAAUUUUCAAUAAUGUUAAGGGAGAAGGAAUUUGAACAUAAUUCCAUAAAGGUGAAAGCUCUUACAUUUGAAAAGAUGUUGAAAGAGAGAGAACAGGGAAAGACAGUUGAAUUAAACCAGCUGUUAAAUGAAGCCAAGUCAAUGCAAGAAAAAGCUGUUGCUUUUCAGCAAGAGCGAGAUCAAGUCAUGUUGGCCCUCAAACAGAAACAAAUGGAGACUAGUGCUCUACAGAAUGAGGUGCAGUAUUUACGUGAGAAGGAGCAGCGUUUAAAUCAAGAACUAGACAGGUUACGCAAUCAUCUUUUAGAAAGGGAAGAUACCUCCACACGUGAAGCUUUAGCAGCUGAGGAUCGGGAAUCAAAGCUAAAAAAGAAAGUCCAGAUUUUGGAGGAAAAGCUUCUGUCUUCAUCAACUGUAGUGGAAAAUGUCAGCCAUCAGGCAAGUAUUCAGGUGGAAUCCUUGCAAGAACAAUUGAACCUUGUUACUGCACAGAGAGAUGAGAUUAUGCUUCAGCUAACACUUUCACAAGAUCAAGUUAAACAGUAUGCCGUUUCCCUCACAAACCUGCAGAUGGUGCUGGAGCAGUUUCAGCGGGAAGAGAAAGCCAUGUAUUCAGCUGAGCUACAAAAAGCCCAAAAGCAGACUGCGGAAUGGAAGAAGAAAGCAGAACAGCUAGAAGACAAAGUGGUUUUGUUACAAGAAAAGUUGAACGAAGCAAAUGAAGCACUAGAUUCUGCAUCAAGAUUAACGGAGCAGCUGGAUCUGAAAGAAGAACAAAUUGAAGAACUUAAAAGACAAGGUGCAAUCAAACAAGAAAUGUUAGAAGAUGCACAAAAUAAAUUAAUGAAUCUCAUAAACAGUACUGAAGGAAAAGUAGACAAAGUCUUGAUGAGAAAUCUUUUCAUUGGGCAUUUCCAUACUCCAAAGAAUAAGCGGCAUGAGGUGCUAAGGCUAAUGGGAAGUAUCCUAGGAAUAAAAAAGGAUGAACUGGAGCAGUUGCUGACUGAAGAUCAAAACGGUGUAACGCAAUGGGUGACUGGAUGGUUUGGUGGAAGAGCUGCUGAAUCAAAGAGUGUCCCCAACACACCUCUCAGACCCAGCCAGCAAUCGAUUUUCAGUAGUUCUUUCUCAGAACUGUUUGUGAAGUUCCUUGAAACAGAAUCACGCCCAACUCUUCCCCCACCAAAGCUUUCUCUUGCUAACAUGAUGCCUUUAGGAAUGACAGGAAUCACUAGUCCUUCCAGCAAUGUGACAGGCACAGGAACCAGUAGAAGAGCAGAUGUGAAUCCAUUUCUUGCACCCCGAUCAGCAGCAGUACCGCUCAUCUCUCCAGCUAAUCUUGGAACUAGUGGAUCUGGGCAUCUGCUUAUGAAACCCAUUUCAGAUGCCUUGCCCACCUUCACCCCAAUGCCAGUUGCACCUGAUGCUAGCGCAGGUGCAGUCUUAAAAGACCUGUUAAAGCAAUAGACUUUUAUGAAUUGAAAAGGAUAGCACUUUAAACAUAAUAUGCUGUAUCAGUCACAAAGAGGCCUUUUGUAAAAAGUUGGUAGUUUUCAGUAGCUCUAAAAGUAAACCAUUGUACAGAUAAAAACAAAUUAACAUUGGAGACCUAAACCAUUUACUCAUCAUUCUCCAACUAUGCAACAUCAGUUUUUACAUACUGCUGUCAGUCUAGUCACACUUGUUUUUUCCUUUUCCUUUCCCUUUUCUCAACAGGAAUCUGCUCAUGGUGUUAUUUUAGAGUGUCUUUAUAUAUAAACCCAGUUCAAUCUUGAUAGAAAUAGAUGGUCCACAAAAUCCAUCUGGUUUAGUACAAUACCACUGUAGCUAUUCCCUAUCACACCUCACAGGGCCUGGAAUGAUAAGGCAGGAGCUAUCUUCUGCUGGGUGUGAUACGUUAGAUCACAGAUCUUCUGCAGUCUGUACGUUAGAUCAGAUUCUGAUCUAAUCUGGAGCAGAAUUAUGUUAAAUGAGGAACUGCAUAUUAUCCAAUCACAGUCAAUCUGGAAUACUUCUGUGAUUUGAAUUAGAUAACAGAAAUUACAAAGGAAUAAGGAUCAACUGACCAAGUCUAUUCUUUGGGUAAAAUAUUAAAAACAAGAUCAUAUAUCAGCUGUCAUCUCUGGAUGACUAAGUAAUAUUUGGCUGAGAUAGGACGGAUACAUUGGGAAAGGCCAGGUUUGU